CUACUUCAGGUGUCAGGCUAAUUGGAAAGUCCAGUUGCUCUGGGAGGUUGGAGAUACUUCAUAAUCAGACGUGGGUUUCAGUGUGUGCUGCUGCCUUUGACCAGCAGGAUGCAGAGGUUGUGUGUAGAGAGCUGGACUGUGGGGCUCCUGUACAGGUGCUGGGAGAAGAUGCUUUUGGAAAAGGAGAAGCUCAGAUGUGGACACAAGAGAUUCAGUGCAGAGGAAAUGAGGCUCAGAUUCACCUCUGUCCAACAUCACCAUCACACAAACAAAACUGUUCAUAUGAUAAUGACCAGGGGCUGCUGUGUGCUGAUAAAAAUAAUGUGAGGUUGGUUGGUGGAAACAGUCGCUGUGCUGGUAGAGUGGAGGUUCAUCAUAGAGGUCAGUGGGGAACAGUGUGUCAUGAUUUCUGGGAUAUGACUGAUGCUGCAGUGGUGUGUAGAGAGCUGGACUGUGGAGAACCUGUAGAUGCUUUGGGUGAUGCUCAUUUUAGACCAGGAUCAGGACCAAUCUGGAUGACUGUUGUGUUAUGUACUGGAUCAGAGACUACACUGAAGAACUGUGGGUCAUCUGGAUGGAGCAUACAUGACUGUACUCACAAUCAUGAUGCCAGUGUCAUCUGUUCAGGUCAUAAACCAUCCAGACUGGUUAGUGGUUGUCACCUCUGCUCUGGGAGGUUAGAGAUACUUGAUAAUCAGACGUGGGUUUCAGUGUGUGCUGCUGCCUUUGACCAGCAGGAUGCAGAGGUUGUGUGUAGAGAGCUGGACUGUGGGGCUCCUGUACAGGUGCUGGGAGAAGAUGCUUUUGGCAAAGGAGACGCUCAGAUGUGGACACAAGAGAUUCAGUGCAGAGGAAAUGAGUCUCAAAUUUCAUUUUGCUUAAUAUCAUCACACAAAUACAACUGCACCAGUGACAAUAUUGUGGGACUGAUCUGUUCAGGUUACACUGAUGUCAGACUGGUAAACAGUUCAGACUCUUGUUCUGGAAGAGUGGAGCUUCGGUUCCUCAAUGAUUGGGGCACAGUGUGUGAUGCAUGCUGGGAUAUGAGAGCUGCCAGUGUCAUCUGUAGACAGUUGAAUUGUGGGAUUGCUGUGUCUGUUGUGGGAUCAGACUGGUUUGGAGAGGGAAGUGGUGAAAUCUGGGCUGAUGUGUUUGAUUGUGACGGGAAUGAAACAAAACUCUCAGAAUGUUCCAUCUCUUCAUGGAGUCGAGCUGAAUGUUCUCAUAGACGAGAUGUUGGAGUCAUCUGCUCUAAUUCCUCUCUGGCUGUUCAUGAUGGUCUGGUGCGGUUGUCUAGAGAGAGACAGUGUGAGGGGGAGGUGGAAGUUUCCAUCCAUCAGGUCUGGAGGAGAGUUCUGCUGGACUCCUGGAGUCUCUCUGAAUCCUCUGUGGUCUGCAGACAGCUGGGCUGUGGCUCUGUGCUGAACUUCUCCGGCUCCUCUUCAUCCAGUCCUGAACACAGUCAUGAGUGUGUGACGGGCUUCCAGUGCUCUGGGAGUGAAGCUCAUCUGGGGAACUGCAGCUCUCCACAAACUCUCAACUGCAGCUCCACACAACAGCUGUCAAUCACCUGCCUUGGUCGCGGGUCCAUCAGGCUGGUGGGUUCUGGGGGAGACUGUGCAGGGAGGCUGGAGGUUUUUCACAGCGGCUCAUGGGGGACAGUGUGUGAUGACUCCUGGGAUAUUAAAGAUGCCCAUGUGGUGUGCAGACAGCUGCAGUGUGGAGUGGCCCUCAGUAACCAGCAGGUACCAGCCUGGUUUGGUCCUGGUUCUGGACCCAUAUGGCUGGAUGAGGUGGAGUGUGAGGGGAAUGAGACGUCCCUGUGGAGCUGCUCUUUUCCAGGCUGGGGAAAACAUGACUGUCAACACAAGGAGGAUGUAGGAGUCGUGUGCUCAGAGUUUAAAGAGAUCAGGUUAACCGAGGGCUGUGAGGGAAAUGUGGAGGUUUUCUACAAUGGAUCCUGGGGUAAUGUGUGCUGGAACCAGAUGGACAGAGACACAGCAAGUCUGAUCUGUCAGGAACUGAACUGUGGAAAAUCUGGCAAUGAACCCAAUUAUUCAGAGGGACUGAAGUCUCAUUAUUGGCUGGAUUAUUUUAAAUGUCGACGUCAUGAUUCCACUCUAUGGAAGUGUCCAUCUUCACCCUGGGGACUGAAUGACUGUAAGGAAGAUGAAGUGGCCAAGAUCACCUGCUCAAAGAAUCAGGCUCUUGAGUCACCUCAGAGAGGCUCUUGUUUUACCUCACCAUCUCCUCACCAGAGACAGUGUUCAAAUCAUGUUCCUCUCAGACUGAGUGGAGGGGAGGGCCGGUGCUCUGGGAGGCUGGAGGUGUAUCAUAACGCUGUGUGGGGCUCAGUCUGUGAUGAUCUGUGGGACAUCAGCGAUGCUCAGGUGGUCUGCAGACAGCUGGGUUGUGGAGCAGCACUGAGGGCUGAUGGGAAUUCAGUCUUUGGUGCUGGUGAAGGUGUUGUGUGGCUGAACAGAGUCGAGUGCAGAGGGAAUGAGAUUCACCUGUGGGACUGUCCUCUCUCCCUGAAGAACCACACUGACUGCUCCAACAAAGAGCACGCUGGACUCACCUGUGCAGAUUUGUCAGUGUCCACUACUCCUGCCACAUCAUCAUCAUCUUCUCCUGCAGUUUCUCAGACAGUGAGCUCAACAUCAGUCUCUCGUCCACAAACUCCUCCGUCUCUCUCUGUGCUUGUGAUUGUACUGGGAGUUGUGCUCUUACUGCUCUUAGUGCCACUGCUUAUACUGAUUCAGCAGAACAGAGUGAUGAGGAGAGCUCUCUCUAAGAGGAGACACAGGAGCACGACUGAGGCCGUUUAUGAAGAGCUUCACAGACCCACUCAUAGACACAGUUUCUUCACUCAGAGGGGAAGUGUCCUUUCUGAAGAACAGCAUUCUGAGUAUGAAGAUGCUGAUGAGCUUCUCUCAGAAGAGCAGCAAGUCACACCUGAGAAUUAUGAUGAUGUAAUCACUGUUGGACUGAGACCUCAUGAUACAGAAAACUAUGAUGAUGUCAUCUUUGUACAACAAUUCUCCAAUGAUAAAGCAGAUGGUGUUCAGGAGGAUUAUGAUGAUGUGAAGAAUGCCAGGGAGUAUAUGAGUGACAUGUUUGACUAUGAUGAUGUGGGGGAGGAGCCAGGGAAACAGGGAGGGACUGUGUCAGACUUUAGCGCUCUGGGUGACUUUGUCAGCACUUUAUCAUGUGCGUGUCUCCUCAGUAAAGUGUCUCUUUCAGAGCAGAGGAAGAUGAAGAACUGUCUGGUAAUCCUACUGAUGUCCACAGUCGUCACACUCACCAGUGCAGGCAAUGUGAGGUUGGUUGGUGGUAACAGUCCUUGUGCUGGUAGAGUGGAGGUUCUUCAUGAUGGUCAGUGGGGAACAGUGUGUGAUGAUGGCUGGGAUAUGAAUGAUGCUGCAGUGGUGUGUAGAGAGAUGAACUGUGGUAGAGCAUUACGUGCAGUUGGUGAUGCUCACUUUGAACAAGGAUCUGGACCAAUAUGGAUGGAUGAAGUGAAGUGUACUGGAUCAGAGUCUACAUUGGAGAAGUGUAAAUUAAAACGAUGGGGUGAAAAUAACUGUGGUCAUCAUGAAGAUGCUGGAGUCAUUUGCAUAGGUCGCCUCCCCAGACUCAUUAAUGGAUCUCAUCUUUGCACUGGGAGAUUAGAGAUACGUCAAAUAAAGACGUGGUUUUCAGUGUGUGACGCUGCCUUUGACCAGCAGGAUGCAGAGGUUGUGUGUAGAGAGCUGGACUGUGGGUCUCCUGGACAGGUGCUGGGAGAAGAUGCUUUUGGAAAAGGAGACACUCAGAUGUGGACACAAGAGAUUCAGUGCAGAGGAAAUGAAUCAUACUUUGCAUUCUGUCCUACGUCUACAUCUUCAAAUGCAUACUGUUCCCAUGCUGUAGGAGUAAUAUGCUCUGGUUACACUGAUCUCAGACUGGUAAACGGCUCAGACUCUUGUUCUGGAAGAGUGGAGCUUCAGUUCCUCAAUAAGUGGGGCACAUUGUGUGAUGUAUGCUGGGAUAUGAGAGCUGCCAGUGUCCUCUGUAGACAGCUGAAUUGUGGGAUUGCUGUGACUGUUGUGGGAUCAGACUGGUUUGGAGAGGGAAGUGGUGAAAUCUGGGCUGAUGUGUUUGAUUGUGACGGGAAUGAAACAAAACUCUCAGAAUGUUCCAUCUCUUCAUGGAGUCGAGCUGAAUGUUCUCAUAGACGAGAUGUUGGAGUCAUCUGCUCUAGUUCCUCUCUGGCUGUUCAUAAUGGUCUGGUGCGGUUGUCUGGAGAGAGACAGUGUGAGGGGGAGGUGGAAGUUUCUAUCCAUCAGGUCUGGAGGAGAGUUCUGCUGGACUCCUGGAGUCUCACUGAAUCCUCUGUGGUCUGCAGACAGCUGGGCUGUGGCUCUGUGCUGAACUUCUCCGGCUCCUUUUCAUCCAGUCCUGAACACAGUCAUGAGUGUGUGACGGGCUUCCAGUGCUCUGGGAGUGAAGCUCAUCUGGGGAACUGCAGCUCUCCACAAAAUCUCAACUGCAGCUCCACACAACAGCUGUCAAUCACCUGCCUUGGUCACGGGUCCAUCAGGCUGGUGGGUUCUGGGGGAGACUGUGCAGGGAGGCUGGAGGUUUUUCACAGCGGCUCAUGGGGGACAGUGUGUGAUGACUCCUGGGAUAUUAAAGAUGCCCAUGUGGUGUGCAGACAGCUGCAGUGUGGAGUGGCCCUCAGUAACCAGCAGGUACCAGCCUGGUUUGGUCCUGGUUCUGGACCCAUAUGGCUGGAUGAGGUGGAGUGUGAGGGGAAUGAGACGUCCCUGUGGAGCUGCUCUUCUCCAGGCUGGGGAAAACAUGACUGUCAACACAAGGACGAUGUAGGAGUCGUGUGCUCAGAGUUUAAAGAGAUCAGGUUAACUGAGGGCUGUGAAGGGAAUGUGGAGGUUUUCUACAAUGGAUCCUGGGGAAAUGUGUGUUACAAUCAGAUGGACAGAGAAACAGCAAGUCUGAUCUGCCAAGAGCUGAACUGUGGAAGAUCUGCCAGUGAACCCAGUAGUUCAGUGGGCCUGAGAUCUGCUCCUAAUUGGUUAGAUCAUCUUAAAUGUCGAAAACAUGAUCAAACAUUGUGGCAGUGUCCAUCUUUACCCUGGGGACUGAACAACUGUUAUGAUAAUGAGGUGGCUAAUAUCACUUGCUUUGAUAAACAGAGUUUUGAUUCGCCACUGAGUAAUCUGACAUGUUCAGCAUCUCCUCACCAGAGACAGUGUUCAAAUCAUGUUCCUCUCAGACUGAGUGGAGGGGAGGGCCGGUGCUCUGGGAGGCUGGAGGUGUAUCAUAACGCUGUGUGGGGCUCAGUCUGUGAUGAUCUGUGGGACAUCAGCGAUGCUCAGGUGGUCUGCAGACAGCUGGGUUGUGGAGCAGCACUGAGGGCUGAUGGGAAUUCAGUCUUUGGUGCUGGUGAAGGUGUUGUGUGGCUGAACAGAGUCGAGUGCAGAGGGAAUGAGAUUCACCUGUGGGACUGUCCUCUCUCCCUGAAGAACCACACUGACUGCUCCAACAAAGAUCACGCUGGACUCACCUGUGCAGAUUUGUCAGUGUCCACUACUCCUGCCACAACAACAUCAUCUUCUCCUCCAGUUUCUCAAACAGUGAGCUCAAAAUCAACAUCAGUCACUUAUCCUCAAACUCCUCCAGCAGCGUCUUUCUCCGUGCUUGUGAUUGUACUGGGAGUUGUGCUCUUACUGCUCUUAGUGCCACUGCUUAUACUGAUUCAGCAGAACAGAGUGAUGAGGAGAGCUCUCUCUAAGAAGACUGAGGCUGUUUAUGAGGAGAUCCAUUACAGGCCCACUAAUCGACAACAUCUCUUUAAUCGGAGGGCAGACAAAAUGGAUAAAGAGGCUCCAGAGGAGUAUGAUGUCAUCACUGAUAUACACGAUUAUCGCACGAAUGAGACCUAUGAUGACGCCACAACCAUGAGAGAAGAACAUGGGGAAGAGGAGCCAAAUGAACAGGAAGAGAGUGUGUGAACUGUUACUGCUUCUACUGUUUCUCUUUAUAAUGAUUUUAUUAUUAUUAUUAUUUGUUUCCUGAUGCUUUUUAUAUCACGUAAUAAUCAACAUGUUUUUUUUUUAUUUAUUUAUUUUUUUUUUUUUUCCUAAACCUUUUCAUACAACUAAGGUUUUUUCCUAAACCUUUCAAGAAUGUAGAAGACUCCUUGUCUCCUUGUUCUUAUGUCAUGCCUCAUUAUUUUAAUUAGGUUUGUCAAAUAUUAUUUUAGUAAUUUUGUCAUAUUUUGAGCACUAGUGGCUAGGGGUUCGGUUCAUUCCUCCCGGAAGCCGCUUCCACUGGUGCUGAAUUGUACCAGUCGCUGUCCAUGGUGCUGGACGAGUGUCCGCUCUGCAGUUGUCGUGGACAUAAGUGACCAAUCAGACGAAACAAAAAUAAACAACCAACCAGAGAAUAUAUUUAGCCUUAUGUGGCAUAAAUAGAUUCCAAAUAACUGCCAUCAUUAAAAUGGUUUAUUUCAUUUAAUAACAAUAUGUGGUAUAGUGCCCCGAUUGACAAUAGCCUAAUAUCGGCUCUGUAAUUGACCCUCCGCUCCGUCCCCCAUAGUUACUGUUGCUUUGUCCGGCAAGCCAUGGCAGGUUACUUUUGAUAUUAAACAAAGUCCCAGCUUUCAAAUUGUGUAUUUUUUUUUCGAAGAAAUUCGAAGAAUAAAGCCCGUUUUGUGGCUCUUUAAUGUGUUGUGACAGACUGCUGUAAUGCCUCAGAUCAAGCGGCUCGUGAACCGAUCUCUUCCUAAUUUAUAUCAUCAAAUAAACAUGAAUGAACAUGAGAAGGAAUGUUGUUUAAAACGCUGAAAGACGUAAAUACACAUUUUUCAAGU